AUGCCUCAGUCUAACGACCCGAAGAAAGUCAAAAAGUGGGAGAACUUCCUCGAGAAGGGUGACGUAUGGUAUAUCUUAGACUAUUCUGGCACGCCAGUCCAGGAAAACCAAAAGGUCUGGAAAUGCAACACCAAUCACCUAGUUGAAGGUGGUACCGGGUUCGAUGCAUAUCUACAUCAUGCAUUCAAGACAUGUCCACUAUACUUUGCCUUCACGACAAAGAUUGUUGUUCUUCAAUUGAAUGAUGACGUCCGUCGAACUGGCAGAUACCUCACCUGGGAGGGACCGACCAAAUACACAAAGGUCAAAGACAAUGCCAGGAACAAGAUUACCGUUUAUACAGGAGAUGUUAUCCGUGACGAUCUAGCCGAAAUCCCCAAGAGUAUGGUCUUAGGAAAGUAUCCUAAAGAUCUCGAGGGGAUCGCAGCUAGAGAGAAGACUAGUUUCCCAGUUCAACCCUAUACGCAAAAGGACGGAGAACAAAAAAGCUCCACACCCAGUAAACGCCGCAACAAGUUUGCCAUUGAGGAUGCUGGACAGACGAAGAAGUUCAAGGCAGAAAAAGAAGAAAGAGACUCUAAUGCCCCGGUGAACAUGGAGGAAGAUCCAGGACAGCAUGAGGAGAACGAGGAGGAGCCGGAAUACUGCUGA